AUGUGUGGCUCCACCCAAAGAAGAAAGAGCCACUAUUGUGGGGAAUAUAAUCAACAAAAUCACCACCAGCACCAUCAUCAUCGUCAAAGCGUUUAUCAAUACUUGGCAUCUGCCCUCGGAACUGCAGUAGGGUUCUUUGCCCACAAGUUGGAGCACGAAAGCAAGACCCAUAAUGGGUGGAGCUUCCAGAGGACGGGGACACUUGCCUUUGAACGGGUCUACACUGCCAACCAGAACUGUGUGGAUGCGUAUCCCACCUUCCUCGUCACGCUCUGGAGCGCCGGGCUUCUCUGCAGCCAAGUUCCUGCGGCUUUUGCUGGACUGAUGUACCUGGUUGUGAGGCAAAAGUACUUUGUUGGCUACCUGGGGGAGAGAACGCAGAGCACACGUGGCUACAUAUUUGGGAAACGCAUCAUCCUGUUCCUGUUCCUCAUGUCCCUGGCUGGGAUACUCAACUAUUUCCUCAUCCUCCUUUUCGGAAGUGACUUUGAAAACUACAUGAAAACGAUCGCCACCACCAUCUCCCCCCUCCUCCUCAUCCCCUAACUGAAUUCCGGGUGGGUGUGCUCAGCUAAUCAAUCCCUAGAAGCCGUCAUAACUCAACCCUUUAAACGAUGCUGUAAAUCUGCUGACCCUCUGGGCUUUGCAGCUUGAGCGAACCUCACUUUUCCUGGAAGAGAAUAUCUUCAUGUCAGCUCCGCCCUGGAACGUGACGGCGGCACCAGAUUUGCUCUUCAGAUCCCGUCUGUGUGUUUCUUACUUAUCCUGCUUUCCGAAGAUGUGUUGUGACCCGAUUUAUGUUUUCCUAAAAUAAAAUGCAGACACAUAUGCGA